AUGCCCAAGAAGUAUUCAGUGCAAAUUUUCACAAUUAUGAGAGUUCUGCUAUUGAAUGAAGAUUACAUUAACCAUUACCAAUGCAACCCAGUGAGUCCCAGUGAGUGCAACAGGAAUUGCUUUCAGUUCAAAGUUACCGGUGAGUUAUUUCACAGAGGGCAAAUGUUCGCUGCAUCUCUUUUCUUCGGUGUCCUCUGGACUACAAUGAUACAUGCAGCACAGGUAAUUCACAAGUCAGUUCAAACAGUCACUGUUGGAGAAAAUGUGACUCUGAACUGUCGACUAGCCAAAGACUACAACAUUGUUCAGGUCACCUGGCAGAAGGAGAAUGAAAAAAGCGAGCCGAAUGUGGCUACGUACAGCAACACUCAUGGUUCUAGAGUGCUGGGCAAAUAUCAACAUCAUGUGCAUCUUUCUCAAAGUGGGCUGGCUGUUUCUGCCAUCACCUUUCAUGCGGUCACACUCAAGGAUGAAGGCUGCUACAGCUGCAUCUUUAAUACAUUUCCCUUAGGCUCCAUUCCAGGCAAGACGUGUCUCAAGGUCAAUGUUCUAACAGGACCUGAAAUACAUGUAGAACGUGUUGCUGAUCCAGACAAUGAAGGUGAAGAACUGCUAAAAAUAAGCUGCUCAGCAACUGGAAGACCAGCUCCAGUGGUCACAUGGAAGAUGGCUGAACAUCCUCUAAAUGAGACAAACCAGUAUUUUACCCCACACGCAAAUGGAACAGUAACAAUUGUCAGCAAUUUCACUUAUGCAUCCCACAAAGAUGCCUGGGACAACAAAAUAUUCUGUGUUGUUCAUCAUCCCUCUCUAACAACUGCACAAAAGUUGGCUUUAUCCAUAUAUGAGAUGGAGCAAGUCCCAAACAAGGAUUCGGGAACUGUCGUCAAAACUGUUAGCUUGGUAUUGGUUGUCCUGUUUUUCCUGGGGCUGCUUGUCUUUUUCAUCUACCACUGCUUGAAGAGAUUACCUCCAGUAGAUAGGAAGAAAGCCCUUGUUUGCUUGAAGGAAUAUUUUUUACAUAUUUAUGAUACUGGCAAAGGAACAUUAAGCAAGACUGGUUACAGCUUUCUCUUUGGAGAUCCAAUGUAA